AUGUUAGGAGUCCAGUGUGUACGCUUUUUUUUGCCCACCAGAAUUUCUUUCCACUGCAGGCAGCGGCGCAGACAACAGUACUUUGCCAAAAAGAAGUCCAAGGCCAAAGCAAAAACUUUGAAGCGUCGAGCGCGCCAGUACAAGACCAUUGACAAUGGCGAGUUCCCUCAACCUCUCAGAGCACCCCGCAGAGUCAUCACUAUUGAGAAGAAGCUCAGCGUAUUGGACAGGUGGGAGGAAUUGGUUGAGCAGAAGAAGAAAGCUCAAGAAGCUGCCCAAGAACCUCGACCAGUGGGUGUUCCCCGCGCCAAGGUGAAGGAAUGGAAGGCAGCCGUCAAGGAGGCCAAGAAAAAAAGCAGAUUGGCUCUGUUGAAAACAAUCCGACAUGAAUUCCCAGACAUUGUCGGUGGUUGCCAGCCUUUCAAGUGGAAGAAAACAGCAGAGCGAGAGGGGUGGAGGCAUUUGCCACAGUUUAUCCAGGCCAGAUGUUCAGCCACAGCGAAUGAAUGGCGAAGUAGACUGAGUCUUGCGAAGAAAGGUAGGUCCAUCGGUGGUGCUGUGCCUCAUUGCAUUCAGCGCGAAUUGGAUUUGCUGAUCAUGGAGCACUCAUCGGGCAUGUCAGGAGUGUCGGAGCGCAAAGAAAUUGUGACAAUGGAGCAUGUUGCAACGACGGUAAGCUCACUGGUCAAAGACUGGAAUGAGAGUCUGGAUGGCCGAGUGAACAUGGUACAGGAGUGGAACAGGUCCAUUGAGCAAGACUUCAAUGAUGGCAAGAUCUCUGCCGAGGGUCACAUAAGCAGCCAAGACAUUGUGGACUACAAUCUCAAGAACUAUGGCCGGAGUAUGGUGGUGACCUCCGGAGGAUCCAGUCAUUUCACGACAGGGGAGACAAUGAUGAUCAUGAUGGAGCAAUUGAUAUCGCCGGCUCUGAAAUUGCAACGUGAACGGCAUGGCCUGAGCGAUCAGGAUCGCGCAGCACUGCUGUGUGAUGCUUGGACUGGCAGCUUCUCAAAACAUGGCGGACUUGACUUUCGAAGGAGCACUUGGUUCACAUCGCAUAACUGCGAACCGCCACGCCUCCAACCUGGUGGCUGGUCCACCCAUGGCCAGCCUGUUGACUCCAUGCACCAGAGCUUUCGACAGGAGAUUCGCAAGGUGGAUCUGGCAUCAACAGGGCAUGUAUGCGAUUUGCGCAACAGGGCACGCUUUGAAGACCUGGACAUAAAGGCAUCGGGCCAGAUUGCAGCUUCAGUCCAGAACAUGCGCCGUGUGCUGGAACUCUCCCUUCAAGCUUGGAACUCGAUUCCUAUCCGAGUUUUUCAAGCAAGCUGGAUAGUGACGGGGUACUUUGAGUCCAGUCACUUUCCACCAAUCGAUCAGACUCCUUCUGACAUUGGUGCCGCUCAGAAGGUGCUGGAUCCGGCUGGAGUGAGUGGAGGGUCUUUGCCAGGAACUCCUCAGUUUUGUCACAAAUAUGAGUGGCAAGUGCAGGACUGCUGA